AUACAUAUGAAUAUGACCGUGAAAUGAAAAUUUAUAGGGAGCUUACCAAUUCAGGGGACCAAAGCUUUCAAAGUUUCAAUUCAAGGGUAAACUUGAAUGAUGAUCAAGAAGGAGAAAUCACAAAAGAAAUCGGGCAAGGAGAACCACCAACAUGUUGGAGAAUGGUUAUGUUGCGACCUUGCAGAAGCGCUAGCAAUUCAGACCACUAGGACAUUGAAAGAUGACAACUUUGGCAUAAACCAAUACAAGGUCAAGGAGGAAGCUCUUUUGAGCUCCACUUGUCCACUCAAAAUAGAGUCGCCAGCGUCAGAAUUAACUCUGGGUUGGCCUCUUCAGAGACUAACUGUUCCUACGAUGAGUCAGGAAGCUCCUCCUCCUGAGAGAGAGCUUUGUGAUUUGAAGGGGAGGGACGUUGAUGAAUCACCAUUAUCAAGGCCUGGUUGGCCUCUCUUGCGGAUAGGAGCUAUCUCAGAAGCAACUAUGAGUCCUAUCAGAGAAUUCAAAGCCAGAGAAAAAAAGUCUGUGGCUCAGUGGGUGAUGGAUUUGCCUAGUCGAUCAUUUUCAGUAAAUCAACAGCCACAGGUUGAUUUGAUUUUGAGGGAUGUAGAGUACACAACUGAAAGAGAGAGCCGCCGUUAUGAUGCCACGAAUGGUGAUGAAAAUUGCUUAUCAGUAUCACCAAGAAAGCUAGCUAGUGAAUUGGAGUUUCUCAUUGAAAAAAACUCAGUAGGUUGCAGGUUGUUCAGCUAUGAAGAAAUUAGGAGUGCAACUUGUCAGUUCUCAACAGGAAAUCUUAUCGGCGAGGGAGGGUGCAGCAGCGUAUACAGAGCAUGUCUCAGAGAUGGUAAACCAGUGGCAGUCAAGAUUCUGAAAUCAUACAAAGAAGCUUGGGAUGACUUUUUCUUGGAAGCCAAAUUUGUUUCUUCAAUUCAGCAUAAACACAUCACAUCUCUCAUUGGUGUCUGUGCGGAAGGUGGCAACCUUAUUUUGGUCUAUGAUCUCUUUCCUAGAGGGAGCUUGGAGGGAAACUUGCAUGGUUGCAGUGAUGGAUCUAUCGUACUGCCAUGGGAAGUGAGAUUCAAUGUGGCAGUUGCAGUUGCCGAGGCUCUAAAUUACCUGCACAAUGAAUGUCAUCCGCCCAUUAUUCACAGAGACGUUAAAUCCUCAAACAUUCUUCUCUCCGACGAGCUUCUGCCACAGUUAUCUGAUUUUGGGCUUGCUAUGUGGGGAUCGACGGAUUCUGCUUAUGUGAUAAGUAGUGAUGUGGUGGGGACUUUUGGGUACAUCGCUCCAGAAUAUUUCAUGCAUGGGAUGGUGAGUGAUAAGAUUGAUGUUUAUGCCUUUGGAGUGGUUCUCCUUGAAUUAUUAUCAGGAAGAAAGCCAGUUGAUGCAGGGGCCCCAAAAGGGCAAGAGAGCUUGGUUAAGUGGGCAAGACAUUUAUUGGACAGUAUGGAUCUCAAAGCAUUGCUGGAUCCAAACUUAAACGGGGACUAUAAUGAUAUCCAAAUGCGUAGAAUGGUAUUGGCAGCAGGCCUUUGCAUAAACCAAUCACCUCGGCUUCGCCCAAAAGUGAGCCAGAUACUGCAGCUACUAACAGGGGAGACGGAUGCCGAUAUAUAUUUUGAUUCUCAUGUUAUGGAAUUGAGGGAGUCGGUUUAUCAAGACGACGACGAUGACCUUUUCCUGGAAAUUGAUUGCAAGUCGCAUUCGGUUUCUGCCAUGUCUGAUACAAACGAUGGUAGCAGAUCAUCAAGUUUCACUGAUACAGCAUCAAGUGUUGAGAAAACCCGCCGCUAUAAGUUGAAGGACUACUUAACUAUACCUGACCAUUAUUCUUUGAGCGAAAUUUUUUUGCUUUCCUAACAAAGCAACAUGCUAACUCUGCUUA